UGUCAGUCAGUCCCCGCCGUGGAGUGCCCCUGGAGAGCUGCAACCAACCAGCCAUCUCGCCGUCGUCGUCCGCGUCCGCCCAGCUGAGCUGAAAUUGAGAGCAAGUCACUGAAAUCUCACUCCAGUCGCCAUGUCCUUCAGCGGCCGUGUGGUCAUCUACGGGGGCAAGGGCGCCCUGGGCUCGGCCUGCGUCAAGCACUUCAAGAAGAUCAACUGGUGGGUUGCUUCAAUCGACAUGAAGGAGAUGGAAGAAGCUGACGCUAGCAUUAUAGUCGAGCCAAGUGAAAACUGGACUGCACAGGAAAAGCAGGUUCUCGCCAAAGUGGAAGAAGUACUAGGCAGCAACAAGGUUGAAGCUAUCAUCAAUGUUGCUGGAGGGUGGGCUGGAGGCAAUGCUGCAAGCAAAGACUUUAUUGCUAAUGCUGACUUAAUGUGGCGCCAGAGUGUUUGGAGUUCAUGCAUUACUGCUGCCAUUGCUUCCAAGCAUCUCAAGGAGGGAGGAAUCGUCACCCUUCCUGGCGCUAAAGCAGCCACUAGUGGUACCCCAGGAAUGAUUGGAUAUGGCAUGGCCAAGGCAGCAAUUCACCAACUAACACAGUCAUUGGCUGCGCCAAACAGUGGCCUUCCUGCCAAUGCGUUUGUGGCAUCCAUUUUGCCAAUCACUUUAGACACUCCCAUGAACCGCAAGUGGAUGCCAGAUGCUGACACCACCACCUGGACGUCUCUGGAGUACAUUGCUGAUUUGUUCGUGCGUUGGUCCAAAAAUGAAGGGCGCCCGGCAUCUGGUAGCCUGGUUAGCUUGGUGACAAAGGGGGGCCAAACUGAAGCUGUGGUUGUCUGAUCUCAAACUCCUGGUCGUUCCAUAAGUAUACGGAGGAAUCGACCUGCACCGUACAUUGAAUGAUAUAUUGGCUAUAGGCUCUUAUGUACUUAAAAGACAGUUCUGAAAUAUCUUUCAGCAACGUUUUGAUCAAGUAUGGUGUUGUGAUUUUUUUCUUGGGAGGUACUUGGUUACAUUUCAUUUGCUGAUAAGCACCAGCUUUCCAUGACUUAUGAGAAUCUCUAUGUUGCAUGCUGGAUCAUGCUGAAAGCUUUUUGUAGUUAAAUUUGAAGGUGAACAUUAAGAGAAGGAGGAAAGACACAUAAUGUUAUCUACAAUUUUUUUAUUUUAAGUGUGAGUUUUAUUCAGAUGCUUCUAAAUUUUUAGUAUGCUUGUAUUAUUUUUAGUAAAAGAUUAAUGCAGUAGAUAAUUGUGUACCUGAGGGUUCAAAAUGGGGAAUCAUAUUUUCACCAUCAUUUGAAUCCAUGUUAAUGUAACUUCAAUUUAUUUUUGUUGCAUACAAUUUUAUGGGCUGUACUACAAUACCUAUGCUGUCUGUUGGUAUGGUACUGUGUCAGUGUCUAGCAAUACCAUCCAACCCUCUCCAACAGGGUUGUGGCUGACCAAUAAAUGAGGUACUGGACCA